CGAAGCUCAGUUUAAACUGAGACUCCUUUGAAGCCACUUGUGUCUCACGAUGACUCUGAAGUAUUUCCUUAGCUUUCUUUUGGUGUUUUUAUUUAUAAUCCAAGUUCAAUCCCAACACAACGCAACGAACAAUUCAACUGAUAUCAAAGAGAAAGUUACUAGGAAACCCAUUAUAAUGCGACGAAAAUUGCAUAAGGAUGAGAAGCAGGGCAAAGGAAUGGUGCACAUGGUGAUACACAAGAUUCAACCUGGACAUCUCUACUACAAAAUUUUCGAUAAUGAUGAAAAAGCAGCUCGAGGAUUCACCAACAAGAUAUGGAAUCGACUUUUGAACCGCUACAGCACAAUGCUCCUAUAAACUAUUCUCCUAAAAACUAUUAAGUGUAUUAUUUCUUAUUCUAGUUAUGUGUAGUAAAUAGGUGUGCCUAAGUAAUUAUAAUAAAACUAGAGCUGAAUAUGGAA